UACCUCAAAGUGUCGGAUCCACAACAUGGAUACAAGGUCAAAUACAAAAAAAAAUUAUACAAAGCACUAAAAUGACCAAUGACACGAACAACCAGAUUGUCAAAUUUUCGGGGUCGUCCCUUCUUCAGGACAAACGAAAAGAAUUACAUAAUGUGGCCAAUAUCAACAGAGAAUAAUAACAAAAACUACAUAUAAAUACAUCUAGCACUACAACUACACUAAUCUACAAACGUAUUUACCUUUAAACGCAAAUAUUAUUUAACGUACAAUAUUCACGAAGCUCAGAGAGAAAGUACACCAAAGGUAGCUAAAGUCUCGUAUUCACCUAAGCAUGUCAAUAAUUAUUUCAACGUUCAGAACAUUGAAACUGGUUGUUAGAGCAUAUGAAACGCUACUUGGUUGGCCAUUAUUUAUUACCAUUUUAUUGCAAAACCUGGUCUCCAACUACUACGUUUUUCAUAUUCGCGGUCUUUGUUGAAGUUAUUCAACCGUAACCAUUCUUUAGGCAGCUUAUUGACGUUAUAGAUGUAUCUAAAUUACUUUUGUCAAGUCCUUUGAAACGCCAGUUGUCGAAAUAAUUGUUUGUUAUUGUAUAACUAAAGGUAAUUUUCUUUAUAUAGAUUGAUUAAAAAAGAGAAGAACAUGUCAUUUUGGUUAACUGUUUUUGGACAUGCUGAACGUUUUAAAGAUUUGGUAGUCGUGAUAACAAACUUUGAUUAUGUAAAUGAAAGGUGUAAAUCUAAUUCAUAUUUGUCUGCCUUAUGUGUAGAAUGACCUGUUCUUAUAUGUCAACAUUCUUCAGGAAGAUUUGCACAUUGUUGUUUUCCUUUGAGAUCAUUUUCGGAAUCCACGAACACUUGAUCUAUAUUGUUCUGGAUUCUAUAUCCACAACACUUAUGAUACCUUUUGUAUGAUUCCUAUAAAAAGGUAAAUAUAACGAACAGUGACCAAUCUCACAACUCCUAUAAUCACACAGGUUUUAAAAGUAUUUCGUACAAUAUAUAAGAUGAAAUACGAGAAUAUGCAGAGCACCCUUAUUUUUUUUUUUUUUUUUACGGCGUAUUGCAUUAUUCAGAAACAUUCAGUAACAAAAACUCUUCUGAAAUAUUUUUAAAGUAAUUUAUGUUUGAGAGUUUCUAAUGAUAGGGUCUGUGAGGCUCGUCAUGUGAUUGGCGAGAUAUAGCGAGAUUGUUUACAUCCAGGUACAUGGACUCUCAGACUGCAGAGGGAUAUAUAUUUUUUAUUAUGGAGGGCUUGAAGCAGCAGGGGAGUCGCAGAGGGUUCUUCGCUUUGUGUUUGACGGAUUAUGUGUAAUUACCGCAAAUGUACAAGUGUUGAUGAAGACGCGUCUUACAGAAUGCAGAUUCCCUGUUGGGAUACACCCAUCAUCAUGUGGAUGUCCUACGCCAGUAUACCCAUAACAGAACAGUAUAAGUGCCAUCAUAUGACAGCAAGUUUCCAUGGGCAGAUAUACAAUUUAAAGAUAAAAAUAUUGUAAAUAUUUGUUUGGAUAUAAAGUAUGGUGUAUAGUAGAUUCAAAGAAGGUAAUAAAUGUGUUCAAAUUGUGAAAAUAAAAUUUAUACAUGUAGAUGCAGUGUUCUUGCCAUGAUCAGUUAUACUAUAUUGGAAAUUUUCAAUAUUGCUGGCAUAGCUAAAGGUCACAGCAUUUGGGAAGAAUGAAGUGCACCCAGACGGUAACAGCCCAUUGUCAGCACCACCUGAAAUUGUUAAUUGGGGUUAACUACCCAUUUUCAGCUACAACAAUGACAAUUAAAGAGACUUGUGCAAACGUUAGGACUUCCCUCUUUAAUUUGAUGCAAGGGAUGGUUCACUUUACCUAAGAUUGGCAUCAGAUUUCAGGACUGGUACUACCACAUCGACAGGGGAUGCUUACUCCUUCUAGGCACCUCAUUCCACCUCUGGUGUGUCCAGGGAUCCGUGUUUGCCCAACUAUCUAUUUUGUAUUGCUUAUAGGAGUUAUGAUAUUGAUCACUGUUCGUUAUCUUCACCUUUAAUCUGAAAAACACUCAAUGCUGUGAUUUACUAAUGAGCACGUUUAAUUGAACAACUCGAGUUACACGAGUUGCUAGAGUUGUGAAUAAAACGUGUAGUUCAUAACACUAGAUAACUGUUGAACACAGGUUGAAAAAGUAUACUCCUGACUUUAGCAGGAGCAUUAGAUGUUCAACAUGGCGGAGAAUGAAGAGAAAUAUUGAGUUAGGCAUGUGAAUUUUUGGGAAUAUAAAGCAAAAUUACCAUGAAAAAAGAUACCGGUACAUACAACUAAAGUGUAAUGAACUAAUGUUUAAUAAUUGAUCUGAAUAUUUGUAAGCAUCUUGCAAGAUGUAUGUUUUGACUUCGAUAUAUUGUAGAUAUGGUCAGUCUUUGGGGUGACAUAUAUAGGUCUACGUUUUGUUUAAUUUUGAUGAUAUUUACACUAUUUUAAUAUUGUAUGUACAUGCAUAUUCAUGUAAUAGGAAUUAAAUACUGCUCGAUAUCACAAUGAACUACCACAUAGAUAAAUUAUCAUUGAUACGAUUUUCAUAUUAAAUGCCAUUUUUCAGUUGUUGUUUUAUUCACAUUCAAGGAAUCUGGUAUGUCCAGGGGUUCAUGUUUGCCGAAGUCUUAAUUUUGUAAUCCUUAUAGGAGUUAUGAGAUUGAGAACUCAUUUCUAAAGGUGGCAAUGUUCUCUGAUUUGCAAAGAAAAGGCAGGCUUCUCAAAUAUUUUGGAUUGCUCAUCUUCGCACUCAUAGGACUAUUUGCCUUCAACCAUGUCCAUCGAAGUAUCUUAAACUCAAUCACCAAGUCUCAUCAACGAAUCAAACAAGUGACUUCGCCACCAAAGAAGUUGACUGACCUGGAAAAAAUUGAAGCUAUUCGCCAGAGCUGUGGACCGUUGUGUGAUACUUCUAGACCUGGUACCUCUGGGCCAUAUUUCAAUCAUGUAACGGCUUCGAUAAAUUGUAGAGGAAUCUACCAAAAUCCAUACAUUGAUGAAGGCCAUAAGACAAUACCCCCAAAAGAAAUUCCUAAAGAGCUUUGGAAUGAUUUUACCAUGAACAACAGGACACCUGUUUUUCCUUUUUAUUUCAACGAGAUAUAUCUGGGAUCCAAAGCCAAGAGUCCUGUCUGGUCAAAAGAAGAGAUCGACCAGAUGGUUUUGUUAGCAGCAAAUGACAUACUAGACGGGAACUAUGGUUCCUCAGAGACAAACGCAUUGAGGGAUGGAAUGGACCAUGCUCCGGGAAUUAAGAAUGGACGUGUAUUAGUAAUUGGUUCAGAAAUUCCUUGGGUUGAGGCGGCAGUUCUUGAAAAAGGUGCAAAAGAAGUCGUGACCUUAGAAUACGGCAGAAUAGAAUCAAGGCAUCCAAAAGUAAAAACGAUGGUUCCAUCUGAAUUCAGUGAGAGCUUUCUGAAUGGUUCACUUGGUUUAUUUGACGCAGUAGUUACUUUUAGCUCAGUAGAACAUUCCGGACUCGGGCGAUAUGGCGAUAGACUGAAUCCAUGGGGUGAUAUAAUAGCAAUAGCACGUGCAUGGUGUGUAACAAAAGUCAAUGGAUCGUUGACCAUAGGAGUCAUGUACGAUAAUGAGGACGAUUAUAUUCGAUACAAUGCCGGUAGGUGGUAUGGGAAAAUAAGAUAUCCUUAUUUGUGCACGAACUGGAAGCAACAUUACAGAGGUUUUGGGAAUCAACGAGUGCAUGUUUUUACCAAAGUGGAUCAGAAAAUCUUAUGAUGUGUACAUAGUAAAAAAAAUGAAUUGAUAUACGGUAUACCAAAGUCAAAAGUGUGUUAUAUUUAAACAGAUGAGAGAGGGAAAAAAAGAAAUUAAACUUACCUACGGAAUCCGUUAUUCUGAUCAGAAUCGAGCCCGGAGUAUUCGUUAUGUCGCAACAGUACGUAGAGUAUCCAGGUAAAAUAAAAUUAGUGUGAGAAUUAUGAGACGUUAACAUUCAUUCGUUUGUUUAUGUAAGAGUUAUGAGACGUUAACAUUCGUUUGUUUAGUGUGAGAAUUGUGAGACAUUAACAUUUAUUGGUUUGUUUAAUGUGAGGAUUAUCAGACGUUAACAUUCAUUGGUUCUUUUAGUGUGGGAAUUUUGAGACGUUAACAUUCAUUGGUUAAUUUGGUGUGAGAGUUAUGAGGCGUUAAUAUUCACUGGUUUCUUUAAUGUGAGAAUUAUUAGACGUUAAAAUUCAUUGGUUUGUUUAGAGUGAAAAUUAUCAGACGUUAACAUUCAUUGGUAUGAAACCCUCCAUCAUUCAUUUCGAAAUUGUAGUUGCACAUUAUGAAUUUCACAUGAUAGAAUAUAAAGGAUUAUUCAUAGUAGAGAAUAGAAUUGGAGUGAAUGUGAUAAGGCUGAAACAGCAGAUAAGAUAACUUCACAUGACGAUACAUAUUAGAUCAGAUAGUCAGUCAUGCAAGAAAGUGCUAUCUUAUUGAUUUACCAAAUUUAAUUACAAGAAAACAAGGUGGUAAUAACUAAAUGUCGUAAUUAAAAAAAUGACAGUGUCUAUAUCUUUUGUUUUCAUAGACUAAUCAGUUUUCAUCUCAGGUGAAUGAAAGUUAGAGCAAUAUAACUAAACUGGAUUGUUUCUGGAUACUAGUAUGAUCGCAAAAUUACUGUAUGCCAAUCUUCCCGAAUAUCAUCCCAACAUUUUACUGUGUGUCAGUGUUCCGGAAUAUAAUCCAAACAUUUUACUAUGUGUCAGUGCUCUGGAAUAGGAUCCCAACAUUUUUCUGUAUGUCAGUAUUGCUCAAUAAAAUUGCACCAUUUU